AUGCGACAGCGGCACCGCAGGACCCGUCUCAGCCGCAAGGUCCCCGAGGCCGGGUCUUCACUAGCUGCAUUCGAGAAGCAGCUGCUUUUCUGGCAACCCAACCCAGCAGAGAAGCAAAAGCGUUGUACGAGUUCUCCAAAGCGUCCACCAGGCCUGCGAACGGUCUCUACCUCCCAGGGCGGCUACGCUCAAGGCCCCAACAAGAAUAGCGACAAGGACUCUGGCCUCCGCGGAAAUGGCAGUGUAGCCUUUCCAUCGCCGACAUCGGACGACACUGCCGCAUCUGAAGAUGCGGCGGACCUCGUACACUACUCAAGUGGACAGUCCGACUUGGAAGACGGACAGUCCGAUGUGGAAGAGAUCUUGAUUCAGUAUUAUCUCCAAUAUGGGGGUGGGUCAAAACUGCCCCAGCAGUUUCUCCGCGCCUACCGCGAGACUCCUGCGACAUUCAAUGCCUUCUUGGCCCUGAUGUCAAACAACUUCACGGACGAAGAGGGUCAAGCAGCACCCAUAGACUCUGCCGAGCUCGAGAACAAGGCCCUCCGCGAGGUAAGCGCGCAGAUUUCACAUUCUCCCAGCGCUCCAGCCUCCAGCACUAUGUUGGCAGUUGCAGUACUAGCCAAUCUACGAGAAUGUCGGCAUGAGUAUGAGCUGGUGGACUGUCAUUGGAACGCUCUUCGCAGGAUGAUCGAGAUCAACGGUGGCAUCAAUCGUCUGAGAAUGCACCAAGACCUCUACACAUUCAUUCUGUGGCUGGAAGGAGUUGUGUUGAGUACGGUGGUAGCUUCGGUUGCUCAGCUCAACACUCCUUCCUCACGAGGCGCUCCAGAACCAAACGAACUCGAGGCAUUCCUCUGUGCGAUUGAUCAGUCCCUGCGGAGUCGCACAGAUAUCUCGUCACGGCUAAGCCCACCCCUUCUGGCAGUUCUUCAACGACCGUCACACAAACAAGAUCGCUACUCGAUUGGCAAAUGGUGGCGAGACUUCACUUAUGGCGACGAACGAAACCCUCGGCCGCACUGUGAGGGCUGCAAGAUAUGUCCACAGCCAGGGUGGCCAGGCGUCCAGGCUGAUACUCCACGAACCGAAUGGGAUGAGGAUUGUCUGCAGGCCAACAUCUGGGUUCCCUCUAAAUCGGCGCCAGAGGAAGGUUGGCCUGUCUUGUUCUACAUUCACGGCGGCUUCUUGCAGUUCGGCUCUGCGUCCAAGAGCGUUGAUGCCAUGGCCCAGAUGUUCCAGGAGACAGACUUAAACGCAAUUGUUGUAGGUCCUGCAUAUCGAGUCAAUCUCUUUGGCUUCUUGGCAAGCAAAGAGCUAUCGUGGGAGGCGAAAAAGGAGCAGGAGUCUGUCGGCAACAUGGGCUUUUGGGAUCAAAGAACAGCUUUGGAAUGGACAGCGGACGUCAUUGGGGCCUUCGGAGGGAAUCCCAACAACAUUACCAUCGCCGGCUACUCUGCUGGAGCCCAUUCUGUUUUUCAGCAACUCUCGUACGAUCUGUUCUUACCAGACGCAAAGUCUCUGGUCAGGAGGGCGAUCAUGUGGUCCAAUGGGCCUGGAGUGCAGCCCAAGACACUGGAAGACCACCAAAUUGGCUUCGACGAACUGUUGGAGAAGCUGAAUAUCUCAUCCUCGGAGUCGCCAUCACAGAAACUUUAUUUACUGCGUCAAAUUCCUUCGUCGAAGCUGAUUGAAGCCGUGGAGGCCAUGCGAAGCUCUCAAUUCCGGGGUCUAUCUGAUGGUCACUUCAUAGACCCAGCACUGAUAACGAAAAUCAACAACGGCGAUUACGGUGCACGCAUGAAGAGGCGAGGAGUUAAACUCAUGAUGGGUGAGAAUCGCGACGAGCAUAAUCUCUACAGAGCCUGGAAGACCCCCGAGAAUUCAUACCAGGCUGUAUACGAGCGGCUCUGCGCAGACUAUCCAGCGUCCAAGGUAGCGAAUAUACUGAGCUUGUAUGCUCCGGGGUCUGAAUUGUCGAGUAAUUACAGUGACUGGGUUGAUCUCUUUGGGAAAGUCUACGCAGAUAUACAGGUUCAUUGUCUCGAAAGAGGAUUUGUCGAUAAGCUUGCGAAAGCAGGACUCGUCGUGGGAAAGGAUGUCUUGAGGUAUCGAUUCGAAUGGCGUGCGAAGUGUGUCGAUGAGGUUUGGCCCAAAGCAUGGGGCGUGACGCACGCAACAGACACUGCAAUCUGGUGGUGGGGUGAUGGCCAAGGCGACGGUCUUGAGGACGAAGAGAAGCGCAUAUUGAAGCCAUGGCAUGACAUUUUUGCCCGCUUUGUUGCUGGGCACGACGUCCAAUGGCAGAGAACGGGCUCGAGUGUGGUCUUGAGACUAACAGAUCAAGGCACCAUGGAUCUGUGGGACGACACAAGAUACGACGAAGGUCAGAUCAUAUGGGACAUGGUCAACGGGAAGGGAGAUAUGCAGGCAAGGAUAUAG